UUGUGUAUACCAGGCAUGAGUAAUCUAUCACGCAAACUCAGACGCUUCCCACGGAUGAUCCAAAACAAGGGGCACCGAUUUGUUUAACCGUUAAUUGUAUGUCUGCGCAGCUGUUUAUGUCCAUUGGUCAGAAAAUCUUAAAAGAAAAUUGUUCGAACAGAGCGUUAAUGACACUGCAUCAGUGCAUGAGUGGCCCACGGGCUCGGCUGUGGCACAUGCUGACAUUGCCAUUGGAAAGGUAAGCUAGCUAACUUGCUAGCUAAGCUAGUGCUAAUGCACAGCCCUUGCAAGCUGCUGCUUGCUAACUAGCCAUAAGUUCAAGUCUCUGCAUUCUCAGUGGUUGUAAACCUUAUAAGCCCCGUCCUUGCUACAUGAGAGAACCAUGUGGUCGCCCAUCAAGCUACCACUUGUGAUCAAAGCAGAGAUCAACCUGAUCUUGGUGCUCGUGACAGCUCUUGGACUCUGGACCAGACUCCAUGGAAUACAAUUCCCUAAAGCUGUCGUGUUCGACGAGGUAUACUAUGGUCAGUUUGUGUCUCUGUACAUGAAGCAGGUCUUCUUUAUAGAUGAGAGCGGACCCCCUCUUGGACACAUGAUCCUAGCUUUGGGAGCAUACUUGGGAGGGUUUGAUGGGAACUUUAUCUGGAAAGGGAUCGGAGCAGAGUAUUCCAGUAAUGUACCGGUGUGGAGCUUGCGUCUACUGCCAGCGCUAGCAGGCUCCCUGUGUGUUCCUCUGGGCUACCUGCUGGUCGUAGAGCUGGGCUUCUCUCACCUGGCUGCACUUGCUGCUGCCUUUCUCCUGCUACUGGAGAACUCGUUGAUCGUACAGUCUCGCUUCAUGCUGCUGGAGUCAGUGCUCACCUUUUUCCUGCUCCUGGCAUUCUUUUCCUACCUUCGCUUCCACAACACCCAUCAAAGUUCUCCAUCCUCACUAGCAUGGCUGAUGCUGGCUGGAGGCUCCUGUGCUGGUGCGGUGGGAGUGAAGUACAUGGGUCUGUUCUCCUACCUGCUGCUUCUGGGCGUGGCUUCAGUGCAUACCUGGAAGCUGAUUGGAGAACGAACACUGAGCCAUGGGGCAGUGUUGGCGCAGGCUGUGCUCAGGUUCGCGUGCCUGGUGCUGCUUCCUGCUCUGCUUUACCUGGGCAUCUUCUUCGUCCACCUCAGCCUCCUCCACCGCAGCGGGCCGCACGACCAGAUGAUGAGCAGCGCCUUCCAGGCCAGCCUCGAGGGGGGUUUGUCCAGGAUCACACAGGGCCAGCCUCUGGAGGUGGCCUAUGGGUCUCAGGUGACCCUCCGCAGCUUGUCCAGUAAACCAAUCCCCUGCUGGCUACACUCCCACAAGGCCAACUACCCAGUCAGGUAUGAGAGUGGGCGUGGCAGCUCCCAUCAGCAGCAGGUCACAUGCUACCCCUUUAAAGAUGUCAACAACUGGUGGAUCCUCAAAGACCCUGGCAGACAGGAACUCGUUGUGAGCACCCCUCCCCGCCCUGUUCGCCAUGGCGAUAUCAUACAGCUGCUUCACGGGAUGACAUCACGCUUCCUGAACACCCAUGACGUCGCUGCUCCUGUGAGUCCUCACGCCCAGGAAGUGUCAGGAUACAUCGACUUCAACGUUUCCAUGCCUGCGCAGAACCUGUGGAGAGUGGACAUCACCAACAGGGAGGCAGAGCGAGAGGUGUGGAAGACCAUCCUGUCUGAAGUCCGAUUGGUUCACGUCAACACCUCUGCCGUGCUGAAGCUAAGUGGCUCUGCGUUGCCAGACUGGGGCUUCAGGCAGCUGGAGGUGGUUGGAGACAAGAUCAACAAAGGCUACCAGUCCAACGGGGGCUGGAACGUGGAGGAGCAUCGCUAUGGCACCAGUGAGGAACAGAAGGAGAGAGAGUUGGAGCUUCACUCCCCAACACACAUUGACACCAACCGUGACAUCACCUUCAUGGCUAAGUUCUUGGAGCUACAGUGGAAGAUGCUGACGGUGAAACAGGAAGAGACUGAGCACAAAUACAGCUCCUCCCCUCUGGAGUGGAUUACCAUGGAUACCAACAUAGUGUACUGGCUGCAUUCUUCCAGCAACGCUCAGAUCCACCUGGUUGGUAACCUGGUGAACUGUUCGCUGGCUAACCUGUCUCUGGGGGUGUACAUCGUCCUCCUCCUGUCCUACCUGCUGAGGAGGCGCCGGAGGAUCGAGGACAUCCCUGCAGAUGCCUGGGAGAGACUGGUGCAGGCUGGAGUGGUGUGUGCCGGCGGCUGGGCUGUCAACUACCUGCCUUUCUUAUUGAUGGAGAAGACCCUGUUCCUGUACCAUUACCUACCUGCGCUCACCUUCCUCAUUCUGCUCGUACCUGUGGUGGUGGAACACCUGCACACACACCUGCUGAGCAGUCCUUCGCAGCAGAGAGCCCUCCACGUGCUGACGGUGGCAGGGCUCUGCUCUGUCUUUCUGUCCUAUCGGACCUUUAGCCCGCUCACCUACGGCCAACCAGAGCUCGACGCCGAGCAGCUGGUCGCCCUGCGAUGGAGGGACAGCUGGGAUAUCCUGCUACAUAAACGAAAACACGGGCCGUCGUAAGAUUUGCGGCGACACUCAAAGUCUUAUUCUGUAUCCUCGUUCUCCGACUCACUCAGUCACUCACGGAAGAGAGUUAAAAACGCUUAUCCCUUUAACCCUCCAUCCACCACUGUGCAGACACAGCUCAGACUGUAGCCCUUGGGAGAAUGAUGCACCGGUACAGACAGGAUUGGGCUUAAUGUGCAUUAAAUGUACCUAAGAAGAAAAGGGAAUGAUUUUGUCAGGCUUGGGUUGGCUGAUGGGAGGGAGAUGGGUAGCUUUGGGUCUCUGGAUCUGAAAAGUCACUGUGUAAACUCACCAAAUACACGUUUUAUGUAAUACUUUGUACAUUGUAACAUUAUGCAUAUCUGUUGUUUAAUUAAUAAAAUAAAAUAAACUCUAGCGAAAUGUAUUUUAUUAAAA